AUGUUUGUACCUGGAUUGGGCAGAGGAAGGCAUGAGCUAUCAUCUGACAUGGAUAAAAAGUUUAUUAUAUGCCUAUUAGCAAACUUCCUGGUGAGGCUGUGGAGUCCCCUGGGGCAGGAGAGAGAUCACAGUGAACAGGCCUCUCCUCAUCACCAUGGCAGGAGUGAUGGUUAAUAGUGGGGGCCAGCACUUUGUCCAGGUGCCCCAAGCUAUGAUCUCUAGUGCCAAUAACCAGCCUAUAGUAAUGCUACAGUCCUCUGCGAUACCAGUGCAAACUGUGCACCUGGGGAACCAGCAGCUAGUCACCCUGAGCCCAGUAAAUCAGUCUCCACAGAUCCUGGAAAACUACCUCAAAGCAGAGCACAAGGCACUUGGGGUUGUCCAGAUAAUGAUAGGCCUGAUCCAUAUUGGUUUUGGAGUGAUUCUUGCAAUGUCCUGUGGCUUCUCCCUGGCAGGUGUUAGCGGUUACGUGUUCUGGGGCGGCCUGCUGUUCAUUACUUCUGGAUCCCUCUCGGUGGCUUCAGAGAAGAAUCCUGUAGACUGUCAUAUGAAAGGCAGCCUGGGGAUGAACAUCAUCAGUGCUAUUGCUGCGAUUGUGGGGCUAAUUCUAAUGAUUGUAGAUGUGUCUAUUAGGAGCAUGCCAUACAAUGCCUCUUAUUUACUGCUUAUGUCUACAGAAGGGAUAACAGCCAUGCUCAUCAUCUUCAGCAUCCUGGAGCUGGUUGUUGCAAUCAGAGUCACUCAUUUUGGGUACCAAAUCUUCUGUUGCCAACCUAAGGCUCCAUUCAUUAUACAGAACGCCUGCCUGACUGUUGAAGUCCCUCCUCCAGAAGCGUCCUCUCCACCACCGUACGACUAUUCAGCUUCCAAUCCCAGGAAUCUGGCAAAAUAGAGAGGCUAAGAAGAAACCAGAGGGUGAAACAGAACGUUGCAGCAACAUGAGUUGCAGUUCAGCUAAAGAGGAAAUCUCAAUUCUUCUGCUCAAUUAAUUUGUUUUGACACAUUACUAGCCUACAGAUCCAUGAGUUUCUUAAAUAGAUCUCCUCCCUAGAGAAGGAACUUUUUCUUGCUGUGAAAAUCCUGUCUUUAAUGCAAUUGGUUUCUCUGCAGUCCUUUCUGUUUUGGUCCCUUGUAGAAAGGUAUGUGCAAUUCUCUUCACCAAGCUCCACAAAGAUGU